AUGUCCGCCUUGAGCAAGCGAGCCGCGCUGCUCUCGCCCACCACAAGGCGCGAGUCGAAGUAAUUAGUGGCCAGUUUGAGUUCCGUGUGCGAGAACCAGAUGAUGGAAACCUCUUUGCGCUUCUGCCAGUACCACGCUUUGAAUUGCUCCACUGCUACAAAAGAAUGUAAUUUCAUAAGAAGAGAGAGAGAGAGAGAGAUUUGCUCUAGGCAGAGCGACGCCAGGAUGGAAAUUCGACAGAGAGCGGUCUGGACGAAUUAAGAGUUUGAUUUCCUUCGUGGGUGGAGAUUGAUAGAUUUAUGGACGCAAAAGCGGGCUUUCAUGUCGCUUGGUGUUCCUUUAUCGCGUUUAGUUUACAGAUAGGUGGGUACAGAUCUCUGCAUGACUAGUUGUAGCUGAAUGUGUCAAAUCGGGCGUGUCCAAAGAUUUUCUGAACUCGGGAACGAACCUUUUUUUAUGUUCAUGUCGAGAAAGAAGUCUCGCAGGAAAUCUUCCCAUGUAGCGUAUUCCUUUUUUGGGAUGGGGUGUUUGGGAAUGAAGCGCAGGGUUCGGUAGAGGUAGUCCACCAGUAGCUCUUUCGUGAGAGGGGCCGACAGGCCGUACAUUAUGGCCCACUCGCUGUAUUGAGUUAUCCAUUUCUCAGCUUCGCGAGAAUUUUCGUAUCCUGUGAAUUCGGGAACUAAAAGAUCUCUCAACGUUGCUCUGGGAAUGAGGUGCAGGCCUGAGCGCGGGAAAAUUCUUCGGACCUCGUCGGUGAGAGCGUAAGUGUGGCCCUCAGAGAGCACUGGUCUUGGAGGUUCCCAGGGACUUUCUUUUAUGGGCUUGUAGUACAUUGGAUUCAAGUCUCGACCUUGCUGAUCUCGAGGCAGCCGGAUCCAUCUAUCAUCUCUGGCGGACUUGCAUUUGGGGAAAUUUUGAAAUUGUUUCUCUACAAGGUGUACUAGAGGAUCCUCAAAGGGUCUUGGCUGACGAAAGAAAGACUGUACAGUUAUAUCCGGAUCCAUGGUUGUAGUAUAUCCCAGACUGCAGUCAGAGGAAUACCAGCAUGGGCAUCAAGGAGCGCCGUGAGUUUGGAAUCGAGAUCCUUGAUAGACUGAGGGAGGAGGAUCAAUUGACUUUAAGAGAGACCUAAGACUAUCGACUAUAUUGAUAGCGAUCGACUACAUUCCCCACAUUCCGCCUUUCUUCUCUCGCGGGAUUAGGGUUUAAGGAUCGUACGAGAACAUCUCAGCUCAUCGGGGCACUUUUCGUUGUCGAUACUGGAGAUAGGACGUCGAUUCAUCAAGAAAGCGGCAUAACCACGAAACUUUACCUCGGUGGCGACGGUUGGACUUUGGAAUGAUGGAAUUGCCCGUCACGUCGCCGUCGCUGCAUAUUCGGCGGAAGAGUAAGCCUUUUUUACCAUGAAUCAGAUCACUUCCAUCAGGUAUUCUUAUCGAGAAUUUGAGCAAGAAAUAAUCUGCUAGUUUUUAGUAGAUGGGCCUCUUGGGAUACCGCAGUCAUUGGACUAUCUUGGGGAAUGGAUUAAACAUUUGUAGGUGGCCUGCACGCAUUUUGGGAUAAUAAUCUGCACUCCCUUGUUGAUGGAGUCGAUGGCAAGCUACGAAGUUCGUGGUUAGUGUCCAGGGUUAUCAUGAAGCUUCCGCAGCUACCGAGCAGCCGAAAGAUGUAGACAAGUUGGGAGACUUCCGGCUGGAAUUUUUCUCUAGCAUGGGUAGUGUCCUUCUCAACCAACUGAAGAAAGGCCCGCUGGAGAAGAAAAGCAAGUCUCUUUUUUCUCACCUCCGAUACCUCUUGUUAUCUUGAGUCAUCCAAUUUUUUUUCACUAUUUUUCAAAGAGCCACCUUCGUUCCUUCUGGAGGAAAACUGUGAUACACACCUAUUAUAUAGUAUUGGUUCUUAGAAUUCAGCGGUGCCCAGUUUCCAGCUUCCAUUGCGUCAUAUCUCUGUCGAUGAGAAACUUGGCCGAAUGGGUCGAGGGGAAACUGCCUCCAAGUUCUUCAUCUCGGUACCCCAUAGACUCGAGAAACCUGACCCGGUUUCUACAUUUGAGACCCUCGUGUCGUAACACGAGGUGAAUUUCUUCAACGUGCCGUUAGAGACGCACUGAUAUUGAUACGCCAUUGCUCGGGAGUCAUCGGGCAAAGGUCACAUAAUCAAUGCAAAAGAAACUGUGAGUGGCUAUCAGGCUCUUUGCUUUAGCACAGCACUGAUGUUUAUAUACACUCUCACACUUGACGGUAUAAUAUGAACGUCCUUAUUUCUAUCGAGCUUGGUGUUCCCAUUCACUUGGUGCCAUACCAGCUGCACAGGCGGCUGGUAACCUGCGAGUGUGCUCAAUUCGGGCAACACAGAAACUGGUUGGAUCCCAUUGAAGUAGAUACAACUUCUGUGGCCAAUUACCGUCUCUGCGUAUCGAACUCUCGGGUUUCAUGUCAUAUUCAUCCGUAAAGUUUGUAUACUUGUCCUCAUGCUCUUAUUGUUUCUCGUUUACUGAUAUCCGUAUUCGCAAAUCCGGAGUUAUAUGUUUACUGAACUAUCAUAGCAUAUAAAUGUAUUGUCUGUCGGCGAUCACUGGCAUGCCAUUUUGUAAACGAACGGAUCAACUCAGCUAUGGUCGUAACUUCUAGAAUCCGGCAGCAGUUUUCGUAACAUGAAAACUAAAACCUGAUCCAAAACCAUGCUCAAGACUCACAGCAAGGUUAAUCUAACAGCAGUGUGCUUCGUGUCUGGGUUAGCAAAUGGGGUUGAGGAGGCGAAACUUCUACCACUUGGAUUGAGCAGAGCUGCUCCACUCGUGCCGAUCUCGAUGUCACGCGCGAUCUAUUGAACUGAAACAUUCGAGUCCAACACGUCUCAUAUAAGGUGGCUGGGGGCAAAUCCCAGACGUUCUCGGUGUACUCAGUAACUGCUUGCGCCUCAUUGUCCACCUGUCCUGCUACCAGGGGUGACAAUGAGGCCAGCAAACCCACCCACGGCCUUGGACUGGGUAACAUAUGGAAGAUCACUGGCAGUCUCAGGAUCCAUGUGGUUCGCAAUGCGAGAAGUUUCUUGGUUGCUUUUUGGUAACCCAGAACGAAGAAUAUCGGACACGAAGGACAUUAUUGCGGAGGUGCAGCAGCUAAACAGACCUUGCUGAGCAGCUCAACAGACUAUGAGACUAUGCAUUAGCGGGCGGAGAGCGAAGAGCCGAAAAGAAGUGCAAAGUCACCAAGCGGUCAUCUCGGGUUUGCGCGAAUCCCUUCAGUUGUCCUGGGGCCGAGAAGGUAAGUUCAUCCGCUAGCAUGAGGAUCGAAAUUAUCAGCCGAAGCUUGAGCAUAAUGUACAGACGCUUUAAGGAAAUACACCUAAACUUGCAAUUUUUCCGCUGGAUGAGAUACCCCUCAGAAACCUAUGGCCACUGUAACCUCCGUCUCUGUCGUUUUCUGUCAAGAUUUAUAAGGACACCGAUUUUGUUUCUAUGCUGACGUUCUCUGUCUCUCUUUCGUCAAGGAUAUUCUUCGUAUGUAGGAUUCUAAUAAUAAUUCCGAACGAAACAAGCGACGACUAAUGACUGCAGUUGUGACCGAUUGACCGACCUUCAGCAACAUUCCUUGGAAUACCCCCAAAACAAUCUCCUAUUUUAUUUCCUUUCUGUGCAAACUGUUUAUGUAGAAAAUCACUGCCUUCUCUCGAUGAUGGCUGAGAGGAGAGGAGAGGGUUGGUACCAGUCGGUUGUACAGAAUAUAAGUGUUUCGAUGCCAGCAGUAAAGUACAACUACAUCUAUGCAAGCUGCAAAACCCAUGGAUCUGAGUUAUCUGAAACACUGCAGUGCUGUAGCGUAGUUCAGGUGCCAUCUACCUUGGCAUCGGUCAGGAGAGGUAGAAAGUUAGGCGACAGUAAUUCCUUCUCAGCCGACUGUUAUUGUAAAUUUCGCACGAGACUUUGCAUGUCAAAUU